CUGAAAAAAGAAUGUUAGCAUGUCUUUCCCCCCUGCAUGUACCUUAAAUAUCUUCCAUGCAGUUCACAUGGUUUAAUUUUAGAUGCCGCACGGGGCAGGAGCAAACCAUCUCUAGCUGAAGUCAAAGUCGGAGGCUUCCCAGUUUGUUCUGUCCUGAGUCACAGGUUGGACAGAAAUUACCAUUCCCGUUGAUACCAGCAGAAGAUAGAAACUACAGAGAUGUCUGACAGUAGAGACCUUGAUGAUCUCAAUGAGGAGGACAUUGAUGAGGAUGAAAUCCUUGCCAUGCUUUCACCGGAGGAGCUUAAGGAGCUCCAGAGUGAGAUGGAUGUUAUUAUUGCCCCAGAUGAGAGUGUGCCGGUAGGACAGAGACAGAAGGACCAGACAGAGAAACCUCCAACAGGGACGUUCGACCACAGAUCUCUGGUUGAUUACCUUUACUGGGAGAAAGAGUCCAACCGUAUGCUCGAGGAGGAAAGAGUGCCUGCUACUCUGCUGCCCAGUGAGAAAAAGAGAGAGGAAACGGAAAAGGAAGAAAUUGAAGAAAGCUCAGAAAAUGUGAAAUAUGAAGUUUAUGAAGUGAUAGAGGAAAUCGUUGAGGAGGAAACUGCAGAUUGUGCAGAUGGAGAGGAAAUUAUAGAGGAGAUAAUUGAGGAAAUAGUUGAAGAAGUUUAUGAGAAGGAUGAAACAGACAAAGUGAUCGAUGUGGAUAAUAAGGAUGAGGCGAAGCUACCUGUGGAGGACAAACCUGAAAAUACUGACAAACAUGAAGAGCCUCCGCAGAACACAGAAAAAGCAGCAGGAGACAAUGCAGGUAACAAUCAGUCUUUGCCAGACACAAAGGAGAAGACUGAGAAUUCAGUCUCAAAACUCAACACAGAACAGAAAGAGGAAAAUACAAGCAAAGAAAGUUUACCUACUCAAGAAGCUCCAGAAGCAACAGACACAAAUGAAACCACUGAUAAGCUGCCACCGAAAGAAGAGAGAAAAAUUAACAAAUUAAAAAUUCCAAAGUUGGCACUCAAUAAUAUAAAAAUGACAUCAAGACCUUCGGGGAAUGAGACAAACUUGGAGUCGACGCUUGACAAGAUGCGCAAUAACAACCCAUCGGUCACUGAGGUGAACCUCAACAACAUAGAAAACAUUCCCAAAGAGAUGCUCCUGGACUACGUCAACGCCUUGAAGAAGAAUAAACAUGUGAAAACAUUCAGUAUAGCAAACACCGGUGUGGACGAAAACAUUGCUUUCAGCCUGGCCAACAUGUUACGAGAGAAUCGCAGCAUUACGACUCUGAACAUCGAGUCCAACUUCAUAACCGGAAAGGGCAUCGUCGCCAUCAUCCGCUGCCUCCAGUUCAAUGAGACUCUCACCGAGUUGCGUUUUCACAAUCAGAGGCACAUGCUGGGUCACCAUGCAGAGAUGGAGAUUUCCCGCCUGCUCAAGGCCAACAACACGCUGCUAAAGAUGGGCUACCACUUUGAGCAGCCGGGGCCGAGGAUGGUGGUGACCAACCUUUUAACCAGGAAUCUGGAUCGCCAGAGGCAGCUGAGGAAGGAGGAGCAGAAGCAGCAGCAGCUGAAGGAGCAGAGGGAGCUGAUGCACAUGUAUGAGAACAGCCUUAACCUACCUCCUGGUUUACUGGAGAUGCUGGGAUACAUACCUCCUCUAGAACUCCUACAGGAGCGUGGACUAGUCCCACCCUCAGCAGAGCUGGACGCUGGACCCAAGACGCACCAUCAGGCAGAGCAGCCAGAGAAACAGAAGCAGAUCAAACACAAAAGCAUUCCCAAACAACGAAGUGCUGAACCAGCAAACCCAUUAAGAGACGUCCAGCUGAAGAGGACCCCCAAGAAACGGGAUCCAUUUCUGGACCUGGACCCGAGGGAUAACAGCAGACCAGAGAGGGCAAGUUUCCAACUGAGAAAGACUCCCAAAGUGAAGGAUGCAGGCAGUGAAGGGAUGGUAGAUGAACAACCCAACCUUACUGAUGUAAUAAAGACUCUGAAACCCGUCCCUCGCAGACGAGUGGCUCCAAAGGUGGACCUCACACCUCGAGAUCAGCUCCUGAACGAAAUCAAGAAGAGCAACGUCGCCUAUCUCAAAGCUGUGCCACUCCCCAAAGCCCUGGAAUCAAGUGAAACAAGUCUCCUCUGAGACUCUAAGACUCCAUCAUACUGUAUGUUUAUUUUACACAUACUUUGUAUUAGUCACUCCUCAAGAGCAGGGCAAAUUAUGAGUUAACUAUAUUAUCAUUACAUAGGAAGAGUUUGGGUUGGUUGUUGUUCCACUGUGUUCUCUCAAUAAAUGCUAUGGUCUUGAGAAAGUCAUAACAUUAACAUUAUAUCAUAUAUUAAUUUUACAUUAACAUGUUACUACUGUCAUCAUUUGCUUUUGCUUGAAUACAUAGCAUGGUAAAAAUGCUGGUUCUUCACAAUGUCUAGCAACAAUUUCUUUGCGAUAAAAACUCAUUAAUAAAAAGGCUUGUUUGAUUAAAUGUUAGACUAUUAACUUUGGCACAAAGCAAAUCAAUGUAUUUGUAUUUUGCUACAUAAAAUCCUUCUACUUUUUGCUUUGGGA